AAUAGAUCAAAGUUCAGGUACAAUACCUGCCUUAUAUAUUUGAGCCACAGUGGCUGUAGUAACGUGGCUAAUACCUAGGUACCUUCAGGUACGUACAUUCCUUCGAUUAACCCCAGCUGUUCCGAGCCAAGAAUGAAUUGACCCCCCUUAAUCCCCCUUGAUCCCCGUUCAUGCGAAUGUGUAAAACCCGACCCCUAAAUCUGUCUUUCGCGUCUUCUCAUUAGUGGUUGGCAAGGCGUCGACAAUCGCGCUCGAGUACCGAAGCGUAGCACGACUAAUCUUGGCAACUUAUCUCGCAACCAACUUUUUGCAUGAAGUAGACAAAAACAUGCCUCAUUACACAGUUUGUGCUCUCCAGCUUCAUUGUUGCAUCCACGUAUAAGCUAUAAGUGUAGCUCUGGCUUCGUUACCGAAAGUCGCCCCGUUCGCAACCAACAAUGACCAUCGCCUUGAGCGAUCAUGGACGAUCCCUGGGGCUCGCCUUGGGCACUACCAGAAACGACAGCCAAGAAUGACCCUCCGGCACCAUCACAUCCGAAAAAUCUACUUAGUCCACCCCCAAGAGCUUUCUUCGGUAGCGCAUCAAACUUUCAAAGCCAAUCUCCAUGGGCGAUCGAAGAUGGGCUCGGAGAUUGGACUGGUACAGAGCAGACGGAUGUUGCGGCAAAUGCGGUGGAUUGGGGCGUAUGGGCAGAACCAUCUCCGUUGAUUUCGCAGCCAAGUCCGAGGCCAGACGAAUUUGGGAAAGGGAGUUCGGUUGCAUUACCCAGCAGCGCCGCGACAUCUCCAGGGCUAAGACCACUCCCGCGAUCUCGAACUUCUUCCGUAUACCGACAUCACUCGCCAGAUCCGUGGGCAACCGAAGUAUCGCUACACGAUAGGAAGGACGACUCUUCAACGCCUGUGAACGCACUAGGGAUCAGCAACAUAGAUUCCCAGCAUGAAUUAAGCAAACCCCCUGUGCUAGCAGUACAAAAGCAAGAUACCGCAGCCAUCCAAGAAACAAGGGAGGAUAAUAAUAGGGUAAAGGAGGAGAGUGAACAUAUCCCAGCUGGUGGAUCGCAAUUGUGGGAACUACCAUCACCAUCAUCAAACGUCCAAAAACGUCAAGAUUCGGGAUUUGAUUCGGCGCCUAAAAUCGACAUUCAGGAUGCUCUAUCUAGACCACCAUCUACAAUUUCGCUCAAUAGCUCUAAUGAGUUGGACCAUCAGGACUCUCCAAUCACGUCCAUAGACGAAGAUACUAGGUCACGCCUCCAGAAUCGUUCUAGGAAGGCUUCAGGCAAGGUCCAGGAGCUUGUGGGAUUGUACGAUGGUUUAACAAAAAUUCCCACAGAAGACCCAUCUGCAUCAACGCAGCUUGAGCCGCCAAGGGGGGAGAGCCGAAGAGGGUCGAGAUCACCGAGUCAGGCCAGGAGCACAGGCGGGGACACCGAUUUUGGCGACUUUGAAGACGUGCGGAGUGAGGAUGGCGAACCAGCUUUUGAUUCAAACACUCCACUGGCUGCUCCUAAAAGAUCAUAUACGCCUACACCUCGGUCCGAAGACACCUCUAUCGAGGACCACAUCAGUGAGCCCUUAGGGCACAAUCCUGCAUCAGCAGCAACUGUCUCCGUACCAGUUCAGCAGCUUAUUGACAAAUUCGGCCCUAUACAGUUUGAUAUUGACUUUCAAUUAGUUGAUAAUCUCUUCCCUGAUCUUACCCAGGAUUUAAAGGAGGAUGGAAAUACAAGAAAGAGCAGCGAUAUCCCAGAUCAAAUCAUUAGGGAUAGUUUUACGACAAUUUCAGAGCGUAAAACUUGGUACCGUCUCUCCCGUUAUGGGUCAAUGCGUAAGCAUGACUUAGGAGAUGAUGAUAACUACCACAGAGUAGAAUGGCCGACAUCCCGUCUGCACGGCGAUGUUAUAAAAAUCGUUAGAAGAUGGAUGGAGGAGGAUUCGAUAUCUGGACGGGUCACACUUGGGGCCGGUAUACGGACGAGUGUCUUUAACUGGGAUUCCUCUGCGGCCCCCGUCGACCUAGGUAAAGUAUUCGCUCGCAAGGCGUCUACCACUCACUCGCGAAAUACUUCACUCCCAGCAACAAAUCUCUCCUUGGAACAGCCGGCGCGUUCAGCAAUUUCUCAUUCUAAAGUGACGCCAAUAAAAAGUCCGAUCAAGCCCCCCGAUAUGACCCUCAAAGCUCGACCUGCUUCCAUUCCCAGUUUCAAUUGGAGUUUAGACACUAAGUCACCCCCUAUUACGCAUUCAAUCACCAGCAACGAUGACGGUGAUGAUCACGUAAGCUCUACACACCAGACCAUAUCAGCAACCGCUGCGGCCGAAGCUACAAUCCACACCGCGAUUCAAACACCGGCACAUCUAAGUCAUGGAGAGGCUAGUGAGGAGAAUGAAGAAGAUGACUGGGGUGAAAUGGUGUCGUCGCCUCGGGUAGAAUCUCAGCAUGGCCCCACCCCCAUGAUACAGUCAAUAGGCAACACGAAUAGCGCUCCCUUAACUUCAGCUAGUAGUGCCGCUAACACACCUACGACCGACACAAAGAGCGUACCAAUGGCUCAAAGCGACAGUUCAACGUCUAAACUUUCUAUUUCGAUACCCCAGAAUACUCCCCCAGCACAAGUUUCUAGUCGGCCAGCAUCCUUGACCGUGAAAACACCAAAAAUAGACCCAUGGUCUACCGCAGAUUUCUCCACAUUCGAAGGUAUUUCCGCACAGACGCCAACGUCGUCGAGGCAAGAUACUUGGCCCUUUGCCGAUUUAUCUGUUUUCGCAUCGCCAGCGUCCGGAUCAACACCAGCUUUGACGCAUUCUCCAAUCUCGAAGUCAAAGCUUAGUUUAGAUUCCCACGACAGGAGUGCCGUUCAGGCGAGUAUCAACGAGGCCAAAAGGCCUAAAACUCCCUUAAAAGCUGUCCUUGGUCCGAUUGAGAACAAGAUAGACAAACAAAACCAGGAGAAGGUUGUCAAGAGUAUUGUACAAAACCUACCCGAUCUAUCAUAUAUGCUGCGUUAGCUCGUUGCUGGACGAGUUUAUUUUUGCUUGGAUAUUAGACGGAGUUAAAACGAUGGCGGCAGCUGAUUAUUCAGUUGUAGGAUAAGUUUAUCGGAUCGUUUCGAAACCUCGAUGCUUGGAAUAAACAACACGGUAGUCAUUUCUUGGGUAUGAAACGAAGCAUUGCUUUAGGCGUUCAAGGAUUUGUGAUUAUGAUAUUAUAUCCUGUACGCCACAAGAGCUUUUACAUUCCAGACCGGUCAACCGGUCAACCGACCAAUGAGAAUAAUAUAUCAAUACUUAAUACCUAGUCGUCUCUUCUCCCAUAUAGCCAACCAAUCCCCAGGAUUCCUCGACCUCGGAUAACUACCUAAAAGCGCAGUGUUGAGCUAAUGGUGGAAUUUGAGACUGAAAGUGUUGCAUAAGCCACCGUUUCUUGAGGCUCAAUGCAACCGUUUUGCUGGUUUGGUUAGCCCCUUGUUUUACAGGGGCUUUUAGCGCUGCUUAUUUAAUCCUCUUAACGUGGCUUUGGCACGACACUUCUAGGACCCAGCCAAUAAGC